AAAAGAAAAAAAAAAAAAGAAAAAAAAAUUAUAUUUGGAGGAAAAACCUAAUGAUGCAGGCGGAUGAAAGCUGUGAGCUUUACAGAUUCCUAGCCCAGAACAAAGGGUUGAGGCUGAGGGGCGCGUCCGGAUCGUGCAGCUUUCCGGCGGGCCAAAGCUUGUCCACCGAGACAGCGCUUCCGUCGCCCCAUGACAGAGCCCUGGCGGCGCUGAAGAAUCACAAGGAAGCUGAGAAGCGUAGGAGAGAGAGAAUCAACUCUCAUCUUGAUAAGCUUCGGACUCUUCUUCCAUGUAAUUCCAAGACCGACAAGGCAUCGCUUUUGGCAAAAGUGGUAGAGCGAGUAAAAGAGCUGAAGCAUCAGACCGCAGACAUUGCGGAGCUGGAAACCUUCCCUUCCGAGAGCGACGAGAUCAGCGUGCUCUCCGGCGAGGAAUCGGACGACGGACGUCUCCUCUUCAAGGCCUCUCUUUGCUGCGAGGACAGGUCGGACCUCAUCCCGGAGCUGAACGACAUCCUGAAUUCGCUGCAGCUGAAGACUGUGAGGGCCGACAUCGUCACUGUGGGCGGCAGAAUUCGCAAUGUUCUUCUUAUCGCCGCCAACCACCACCACAGCCUUGAGUCCCUCCACUUCCUUCAAAACGCUUUGAAAUCUCUUCUUGAGCGUUCCAAUUGUAGCGAUAGAUCCAAGAGGAGGCGUCUUGUAAUUGCCCACAAAUGAAAAAUCUUUUUUUCUUUUUUCUUUCUUUUUUUUUUUGCAUUUUUGAUUGUUUUGGGUUUGGUUUUAUUGCUUUCUAAUCAUCUUCUCCUCUAAUGCUUCUGUUUGUUUGUGUGUAUGUUUUGAGUGUUUUUUCUUUUGUUAAGAAUACCUCCACUCUUUCUUAAACAAACCUCACUCUCCAAAUAUGUGCUCUUUCCUCAAACAAUUCUAAUAUUUUUAAAUUACUGAUUCGUCUGUCCUAUUGUUAAUGGUUUAUUGUUGUGCAUAGUUAAUUACUCACUUGUAUGCAUGGGAAUUGUAUCACCAA